AUGGAACCCAAAUACCAUCGCCUCCAGCCCAAAACCAAACAAAUCCCCGUCGAACUGAUUGCCAACAUUAUUCGUAUCGUUGCGGAUGGUAACUCGCAGUCUAAUCGACCCCACUUUUGGACAUUCUCGACUCUUGCUGCCGGCUCUCUAGUGUCUCGCACUUGGAACUUCCGAGUCCUUCGCUCUCAACUUACCACCCAAACAACCACCACAGAGCGCGAGAGUAAACUUUUCAAAUUUGGGCUAUCUCUUGCAAUGGCACAAUUACUCAAGACGCCUCCCGAGGUCUCGCUCCGCAUCGCGGGGUAUUUACCCAAACAACGUGACUGUCUGGCGCUGUCUCUGGUUGCGCGCAACCUGCGUGGUCUCGGCGAACAGGCCCUUUACUCUAAUAUCGUGCUUCGCCUGAAACACGAUGCGGCGACGGACAACAUAGUAGAAUUAUUCUACCAUGCCAUCAAGGCAAACCAAGGUAGACGCGACUGGGUUCGCAGCUUGUCUGUCAUCGCCCUCAGGCAUACCUUCACCUCGAGGGAACGCAAGCUAAUUCACCGCAUACUUUGCAUGCUUCCUCGACUCAUCAACUUCAGCUUCGAAUACCCACCCGUGGAUGUCGUUGACGGAAACCCCUUCGACCUUCGACGCUGCUUCAGCUACUCCGCGCCACUCAAGUCGUCCCUUCGCACAUUCACAUGGCUUCACGCAGAAAUCCUCGAUGAGAGGGCAUUCAAGUCCUUCCUUAGCUACCACAGCAACAUUAAGUAUCUCGCGUUCGACGAAGACGCGUUCGACGUGCCGAAAAUAGGUAGUCAAGCUUUGCCUAAUUUGGAAAGUCUCCGGGCGCCCAUCGACGCUGUCCUGCGGAUGCUCCCCAAACGACGAGUCCAGCGCAUCAAAACGGUCAUCAAUCGCAACACGCCUCCAGACUGGAAGCUGAUGCGAGACAAACACUUCGAGAGCAUCAGAGUCUUCUCGGCGACCAUCCACAGGAAUGACGAUGUCAUGGCCCAAGCUUUGCUCGAUUCUCUGAUUCGAAGAAUGGUGAAUUUGGAAUUCCUUGAUGUACAGGAUGAGACGGCGAUCGUCUCCCUGACCCUCAAGAACACGAAGAUCAAAUUCCUACGCCUGCGUAAUCUGCGCAACGAGCUCCUCAUCGAGUGGUUCUUCGACGAACUGCCCUUACUGGAGUGCAUCGAGGUUAAAUUCCACAGGAAUUCUCCCAUGAACAGGUUUUCAGAGAGGUUCUACGGAGAUGGUAGGCGGUCUCGUACCAUAUUGUGGGAGUGCAUGCCCAACGAGGAGUGGCUCCAUGAUUGGAGGGAUGUUGUGAUCAUCCACCCCUACACUAAUAUUCCUCAGAGUCACAUUGAAGAUCCCUAUCUACUACAACGAAGCAUGACUUCUGCGCAACUUCUCUAG